AUGGGCAGCUUGGAAAUGGAGAGAAAAAUAGUGGGAUGGGCUGCAAGAGACUCUUCUGGGGUUCUUUCUCCUUACACCUACUCGCUCAGGGAGACAGGGCCUGAAGAUGUUCAUUUGAAGGUGAUGUGCUGUGGGAUUUGCCACACCGAUGUUCAUCAGAUUAAGAAUGAUCUUGGGAUGUCCAAAUAUCCUAUGGUCCCAGGACAUGAGGUGGUGGGUGAGGUGAUAGAGGUAGGAUCAGGUGUGAGCAAGUUCAGGGCCGGUGACGUGGUUGGGGUCGGGUGCAUCGUUGGGUGCUGUGGGAAUUGCCGCCCGUGCAAAUCGGCCAUCGAGCAAUAUUGCAACAAGAAGAUUUGGUCCUAUAACGAUGUCUAUACCGAUGGUCAACCGACUCAAGGGGGUUUUGCUGAAUCCAUGGUUGUUAAUCAGAAGUUUGUCGUCAAAAUUCCGGACGGCAUGCCACCCGAGCAGGCUGCCCCACUACUCUGCGCCGGGGUAACUGUGUACAGUCCUCUAAACCAUUUUGGGUUGAAACAGAGCGGGCUGAGAGGCGGGAUAUUGGGCCUCGGUGGUGUGGGUCACAUGGGUGUCAAGAUUGCCAAGGCGUUGGGCCAUCACGUUACCGUCAUAAGCUCCUCCAACAAAAAAAGGGAGGAGGCCUUGGACCACUUAGGUGCAGAUGACUAUAUCGUAAGCUCGGAUUCGGCAAAAAUGCAGGAGCUCACAGACUCGCUCGACUAUAUAAUCGACACUAUACCGGUUUUCCACCCUUUGGAGCCUUACCUCUCGUUGUUGAAAGUCGAUGGGAAAUUGAUCUUGAUGGGCGUUAUUAAUACUCCACUGCAAUUCGUUACUCCCAUGGUCAUGCUCGGGAGGAAGAGCAUCACGGGAAGCUUUAUUGGGAGCAUGAAAGAGACGGAGGAAAUGCUCGAAUUCUGCAAGGAAAAGGGCCUGAGUUCGACUAUUGAGAUAGUGAAAAUGGAUUACGUGAAUACGGCUAUGGAGAGGCUCGAGAAGAACGACGUUCGGUACAGAUUUGUCGUGGAUGUUGCCGGGAGCAAACUCGCCGAAUGA